AUGGCAGAGAACAAUGAGAUUCCACCACCCAGGGGAAGGUUUGGCGACACUCUUAGGUCGGGAAUUGAGUACCCGGGGGAGUUCGCUUAUGCAAACGACAACGUCAACAUUCCACCUCACUACAUUAGUUUGGUGAAUGGAGGAAAUCUUUUCCAUGGACGGGAUGAGGAAGAUCCGGUGAGCCACCUCAAUGCCUUUUAUGAGCUAACAAACUCGCAUAGACCUCCAAACGUGGAGCAUCAUCGGAUUAAGAGGGCCCUAUUUCCGUUCUCGUUGAGGGAGAAAGCAAGAGCAUGGUAUGACUCUCUACCGGGCUACAACAUAGCAACAUUCCAAGAGUUGAAGACUUUGUUCCUCUUGGAAUACAACUCUCCAAUGAAGAUUGAGAAGUUGAGAGAGGAGAUCACUUCAUUCCGACAGAAGUAUGAUGAGUCUUUUGCGGAAGCAUGGAAGAGAUUCACGGAGAUGAUAAGGAAAUGCCCAAGUCAUGGACUAGCUCCGGGGCAUGACCUUUUAAAAUUCUACAAAGGUCUCAACAAUGAGGGCACGGGACUAGUCACUGCAGGCUCAAACGGGAACUUGGAUGAUUUGACGCAUGAUGAGGUGAGAGCCUUGUUCCAAAGGUUGGCCAACAAUCAAAGGAAUUGGCAUAAUCCAAGAAGAGCGACUGAGAAGGUAGGAGAUACAUUUGGUGCUACCAAAGAUGCGGAAAGAGUGACAGCCAUUGAGGCUCAAUUGGCGGACAUUAGUACCCAGAUGUCUUCAAUGACGAAAGCAGUGAAAUCUCUUCAACUAACUCCUCAACCUCAAGCAGUGACCGUUAUGAAGUGUGGGUUGUGUCAAGGUGGACAUCAUACUGAUCAAUGUCCAAGUCUUCAAGGGCCACCAGUGGAGGACGUGAACUACAUUGGUAACCAUCAUCAAGGUUUCAACCAAAGCAUUCAAUACAACAAUCAGCAGAAUUGGAGGCCUCAACAAAUUCUCUCGUUUAUGACUAAGAGUCAAAGGGAGAAUGAGAAUUUCAAAGAGAAGACGGUGGAAAAGUUUGGUCAGAUGGAAGCUACAAUGAGGAACCUCGAGACUCAAAUCGGGCAGCUAGCUACAUCAUCACAUACAAGAAUCCCGAAUACCAUCCCAAGCAAUACGGUGCCCAAUCCUAAGGGCUAUGAGCAGUGCAAGACGGCUGCAUCUGGCAGCAAGAAGUAUGGUGAAGAAUCCGAUUCGAGUGGAAAAAUUCGAGUAGAGAAGGAUAUCCGCAAAAAGAUCCCGCUAAGUCCGGCAAUGGACCCGAAGUGUCCAUUUAAUUUUCCAGAUUUUAUCCCCCCGCCUCCUUUCUCAAUCGAGAAGAAGAAGACAAAGAAAAUAACUCAAGAGAAAGGACUCGAUUGGAUGAUGAGUAUCAUUAGGAAAGUCAGAGUAGAUGUGUCCUUAGUGGAUUUGUUCCUACACUUUCCUAAAUUCUCCAAGUUUUUUAAGGACCUUAUCGCAAAAAAGGAGAAGAUACAAGAGGAUGGUGUGGUGAGAUUGAGCACAUUUUGCUCACAAUUGGUGAAGGGGAAGAUACCUGCGAAGAGACGAGACCCUGGGAGUUGUGUGAUCCCAUGUGAGAUGGGAGAUAAAAAGUUCCCAAAGUGCCUACUUGAUCAAGGCUCGAGAAUAUCAUUGAUGGCUCUGAAGACGGCGAGGUCAAUCGGUCUACAAGUGAGGAUUGAGUCAAUCGAUAUUGAGCUACAAUUGGCGGAUCACUCAAUUGUGAAGCCACUAGGGAUCAUCAUGGAUGUCUUGGUGAAGGUGGACAAGUUUGUACUCCCGGUCGACUUUAUUGUCCUAGAGAUGGAAGAGGAAAAGGACAUGCCUAUCCUCUUUGGUAGGCCAUUCUUAGCGAUCGGGGAUGUUGUGAUUAAGACCAAGACAAACACGGUGGUGUUUCGAGUAGAUGGUGAAGAGCUGGUGAUCGAGCAAGAGAAGGCGGAGAAGCGCCUAUGGGAGCUUGGAUAG